GGUGUAAUCCAGUGGACGUAAAACUCUCGUAAACGGAAAUUCACCGAAUUCCGUGUCCUCCGUCAUUUUUUCUUUUAUCCCUUUUCCCCCUUUGGGCCUUUACCUUCGUCUCACCAUCGUCUAGUCUCGUUCUCGUCACCUCCAAGGAAAGGGCUGACAUUCGAAUUUCGAAUCUCCUACGCGUCCAGAGACCCUUCUGCCGGAAGUCCGCCUCCGGCAGGGAGAGAGAGGGCGCCUCUUCCGAUUCCUACCCGGUCCAUUCCAUGAUUGCCCUCUCCCUCUCCUCUUCCUCCGCCGCCACGUCUACCUCCCCCAUCGCUCGUGUUGCAAUCUUCUCUUCCAAUUCUUCAACGCCUCCGCAUUGUCGUAUGUUUACCCGAUUCUCCAUUUCCCUGUCGCCGUUCCCCUCUGAUGCGAUCAUUGCGGCUACGCAAUCGGGUCGCUUCUAAGUCUGUUGACAGCGAUACUACCCACAACGGAAUGGAUCCCGUCAAGUUCCAACAGCGAGUGGGACCAGCUACGUCUCGAUCCGCCCCCAACUUCGCCUAUUACCCGAUUUCGCGACCCUCCAAGCGAUCCAAGUCCAAUCUCAUCGUUUUCGGGUUUGUCCUCACCCUGAUCGCUUUAAUCUCGUGUUAUUACCUGUUCCGCACCGGUAAAGUUGUGGAUUGGAAUAAGAAGUACGGGAUUGUUAUCGACGGCGGCAGCACCGGGACGCGGCUCCACGUGUUCGCUUACAGGGUUCAGGGCGGGAAGACGGUGUUCGAUUUUGGGGAGGAGGCGGCGAUGAGGGUUAGCCCCGGAUUGUCGGCGUAUGCCGAGGAUCCGGAAUCCGCUGGUUCAUCUCUUAAUGAGCUGCUUGAGUUUGGGAAGGAGAGAGUGCCGAGGGGGCUAUGGGGUGAUACAAAAAUUCGGUUGAUGGCUACUGCUGGGAUGAGGUUGCUGGACUUUGAUGUGCAACACAGGAUUCUAGAAUCGUGUAGAAGGGUUCUGAGGCAAUCUAGGUUCGUGUUUAAGGAUGAAUGGGCUUCUGUUAUUAAUGGUUCUGAUGAGGGUGUUUAUGCUUGGAUUGUUGCCAACUACGCUUCCGGUACUCUUGGAGCCGACCCUCUCAAGACAACUGGUAUAAUUGAGCUUGGUGGAGCUUCUGCUCAGGCAUGGUUCCUAUUCUUAAUUUUUUCACUUUACAGUUUUGCUCGCUUUAUAACUUUUGUUUCAAAUGAGCCGUUGCCUCCUGAGUUCUCCCGGACUGUCAAGUUUGGGAAUGUAAUAUAUAACAUCUACAGCCACAGCUUUCUUCAGUUUGGUCAGAAUGCUGCAUUUGAUGCAUUGAGGGAAUUGCUAGUGUCACCAGACCAUCAAUCAUUUUAUAGAAAUCUGAUACCCAUCCUAACAAAUACAGCUGCUGAGUUGGUUGAAAAGGGAGGAGUAAAAUUGGAUCCUUGUACUCCCAUGGGGUAUUCACAUGCUAUGGCUGCGGAAAGUUCCUCAUCAGGUUCUUUCAUUGAAGAGAAGGAUAGUCUUCUGUCAAACCUUCAGCCUGGGGGUAACUUUUCUGAGUGCAGAUCUGCUGCAUUAACACUUUUACAGAAAGGAAAAGAUAAAUGUGCCUACCAACACUGCUCUAUAGGACCAACAUUCAUACCGAAGCUUCAGGGGAAGUUUUUGGCAACGGAGAAUUUCUUCUAUACAUCUAAGUUCUUUGGGUUGAGUCCAAAAGCUUUUCUCUCUGAUCUUAUGGGAGCUGGAAAACAAUUUUGUGGGGAGGAUUGGUCAAGUUUGAGAAGGAAGCAUAGAUCAUUAUCUCUCAAAGAUGAUGAUCUUAUGCGCUAUUGCUUCUCUUCUGCGUAUAUUGUUGCCCUACUUCACGACAGCCUUGGCAUAUCUUUGGAUGAUGAACGGAUUGGGUACGGCAAUCAUGUUGGGAAUAUCCCUCUUGAUUGGGCACUCGGAGCUGUCAUCUUGCUGACCAGUUCUUCACAGGAUAUGCAACACCCUAGCUGGAUCUCCACUGUUAUCGGUGAUGAUUCACCCACAUUAUUAUGGUUAGUUGCCAUUGCCGCAUUGUUCAUGUUUGCAGUGUGGUCAGUGUCGAAAUGGAGGAAGCCUCAAUUAAAGACGAUUUAUGAUCUAGAGAAAGGACGAUAUAUAGUUACACGUGUGCGAAGAAGUUGAUAGCAUUUUUCAGAUGUGAUACCUGCAGUAUUAUUCUUAAACCUACACAGAUCAAAGGGGGAGGUGUCUAUCAUAUAGCUGUUUUGGAGAUCCAUUGCUUCCCUUGAGUUAGGUGAGAAGGUCAGAUAGACAAAGCAUUCAUAUGAUUCUUCCAUUCGGAGAGUGCUAGGUGAAGAAGAUAGUGUAACUAGUGAAACUGUGAUAGGAGGAAUAGUGGCCUUCCCAUUUUGUAUUCUGGAAAAGAUGAGAAGCAUGUGCUAACUCUGAAUACGGAAGGGCGGAGAACACUAAAGAGUUUCUUCCUUUCUCUCCCCUGUGACUGCAAAUUGCUCAGUGUGCAAAGAGCAAUGGUAGAAAUACGCAGAUUUAGAAUGAGAGAAGAGGUAUGGCAGUUGUCUUGUACACUUGAUUGUUUGUGAAAUAUGAUUUGAAGUAAAAAUGUGAUACAGUGCCUGCAUAGAUGUUAUUGCUUCUUGUAAAUGAGUUUUGGACUCAAUCUGGGCUCAAGGUAGAGAAAGAACCGUAGGGGUCGUUUGGAAGUUGGAAUUUCAUAUGAUGUAUUUAACCAAUAUAUUUACAGAAGAAUACUUCAUAUUUUUUUUUGGUCUUAAACAAAAUCAGAAUACUUGUAUUUAAACUAUAGAUGAG